AGGGCGAAGAUAAAGAAAAAUCGUUCGCAGAUCGAGGAGGACGUCGGCAAGGAACUGCGAGUUACCGGUCGGAUAACGACGCAGAGCGCGAACCUGGCAGCGGUGUUACGACGGUUCACGGGCCUCGAGGAGAACGUGAUCGAGCUGGUACGUAUGGAUCGUAAUCGAGAGAACGCGAAGGUGGAGACGCCCGUCGACGUAACGACGGAGAUCGAGAGGGUAGUUGCAGCUGCCGAGAGGAAGAGCGCGGAGGAUCGACGAGUUGCAGGAGAAAAUGACGGGCUCGAAGAGGCGGAACGAGUCGGCGACGGUGCUGCCACGCGGAAUCCUCUGUCCAAAUUCUCGGUUCGUCUUCUCGGCGAGUCGCGGCACACCAAAUAA